UCUGAUUAGAAAGAUGUACGCCGCGUUUCUAAUAUUUGCCUCCAUCGCAUUCGUGCUUGCGCAAUUCUACCAGGAUCGGUACGAUAUCGUGCACGAUCGGAUGGAAGUACAGGAUCAUAACAAUUCCUUUUUGCUCCGCCCGAAUAUCCAAGCGGUCUACUACAACAAAAGUAUGAAGAUGAAGGUCCUAAAUGCCUCCGGUUUCGUGACCUCCCCACUUAAGAACAAUAUAAUGAUGGACUUCAAGUUUUACAGAUUCGCCAGCGGUGCGUAUCGCAUCAUUCCGUUCAAUAUCACGAUAGAUUUAUGCGAUCAGCUCAAGAGAAAUAUGUUCGGUUUAAGCUCCAUAGUUCAGUACUCAAAUUUUAGGGGAUGUCCAUUUCCGGGCGGUUUAUUAUAUCUGAGAUAUUAUCCAAUCGAGCAGGACAAGUUUCCUCCCUUCUUACCUCUCGGGAAGUACAAGCUGUCUAUAACUGUGCAUGUCAAUGAUGGCCACUGGUUCGUUGGUAUUACCAAUUGGUAUGGUUCUCUGGUUGCCAAAGGCAGAAACUAAUUAACUUAACUAUAAAGCACUUG